AUGAGUUUCUCCAGCGCCAUGCAGCGCCCGGUGACAUCAUCCGCCACACUUCUCCGAUGGGUGAAGCCCUCGGCGGGACAGCGUCUGCGGACUUUCUCUUCCUACGGCAACACCCAUCUCUCGUCCAAGCGUGACAUGCAGACUGCAACUGCCUACCAUCCCCAUACGCUCCCGUCCUCAUUUCCGCCACCACGCAGCGCCGGCGGCCCUGACAGCUCCAUCUCGGCCGAUUUCCCGCCCGCUCCGGAGGCCAAGUCACCGCAAAAUGCAUCCCAAACAGAACCCUCCUCCAAUAUGAACGCGCGGGAGAAUGAGGCACAAAAGUCACAGGCCGCGUCGCCCGCUCCCAAGCCUUCCCCGAAGCCCCGUCGGCCCUUGCGGCCAAGAAAAGCCGCCAUGAAAGUUACACCUGUUGCAAUCGAACAACUGCACAAGUUGAUGGCGCAGCCCGAACCAAAGUUCAUUCGGGUGGGUGUGAAGAACCGUGGCUGCUCCGGCCUCGCGUACCACCUGGAGUAUGUGGAGAAGCCGGCCAAGUUUGAUGAGGUGGUAGAGCAGGACGGUGUGAAGGUCUUGAUCGACAGCAAGGCCCUUUUCAGUAUCAUCGGCAGUGAAAUGGACUGGCAGGAGGAUAAGUUAAGCCGGCGGUUUGUUUUCCGCAACCCCAACAUCAAGGAACAAUGUGGGUGCGGUGAAUCUUUCAUGGUUUAA